AUGGUGAGCCGAGAAACCCUCAUCGAGCCAGCCACGCCGGUUCAAGUGGGAUUGAACCUGGUCUACCCCUCCCAAAAAGCAAACAAUUUGGGAGUUGUCAUCGAGUCGUCCCUAUCGAUGUCCACCCAGAUCCGAGAAACCUGCAAAGCUGCUCAAUUUCAGCUUAGCAGGAUAAACAAAAUUUGCCGUUUUCUUGAUUUUUCUACUGCCAAAUGCAUUGUAAAUGCCCUAGUCCUAUCCCGAAUCGACUAUUGUAUCUCCCUCUACCUCGGCCUCCACGAAGAACUUCCCAAGCGACUGCAGCGUGUACAAAACGCUGCAGCCCGCACGAUUUUUAGCCUCAAUAAGCACGAUCCAAUCUCAAAGUAUCGAAAGGCCCUGCAUUGGAAUCGUGCAAAAUUCAGAGUAGCCUGUCUGUUCUUUCGCUGUCUGAAUGGCUCGGCCCUAACUUACCUCUCUAACCUGCUGACGCCUUACUCCCCGGCACGCGACCUGCGAUCGGGCGAGAAAAACCUUCUUGUAACCAAACCCUACCGCCUUAUUCAAUACGGCAAGUGUCUUGGCACGGAAAAUUUGGCAGGAUCCGGACGAAACCAUCUUUUUCCAAAUAGCAAAAAACCGGAAUCUCAAACCUAUCGUGAUCGCAAAAUGGCAGAAAAGGCCGAGAAAAUGACAUGUAACUUCCCGUAG